AUGCUGUUCGUUUCUACGCUGCCAUACGGGACGCAGUAUGACCACCACAAUAACCACUCCUCCUCUUCUCCUCUUCUGCUCGCCUCCUCUGUUGCUCUCAUCCUCUCCUCUGCUCCUCCUCUACUCUUCCUCUCCUACUCCCCUCCUCUCCUUUACCUCUGCCCCCCCCCCCCCCCCCCCUCCUUUCCUCCUCUCCUCUUCUGCUCCUCCUGUCUUCCUCUGCUCCUCUCCUCCUCUGCUCCUCCCCUCCUCUGCUCCUCUGCUCCUCCUCUCCUCCUCUCUGUUGUGGCUGAGACACAGAGCCAGUCGGGCCAUCUGUCGUGCCGCGUGAAGGUGAACAGACUAGGAGGUCAGAGGAGGAGCUCAGAGGAGGUAGACAGAGGAGGAGCUCAGAGGAGCUCAGAGGAGGAGGUCAGAGAAGGAGGUCAGAGGAGGAGGACAGAGGAGGAGCUCAGAGGAGGAGGACAGAGGAAGAGCUCAGAGGAGGAGGACAGAGGAAGAGCUCAGAGGAGGAGGACAGAGGAGGAGGACAGAGGAGGAGCUCAGAGGAGGAGCUCAGAGGAGGAGCUCAGAGGAGGAGGACAGAGGAGGAGGUCUGAGAAGGAGGACAGAGGAGGAGCUCAGAGGAGGAGGUCAGAGGAGGAGCUCAGAGGAGGACAGAGGAGGAGGUCAGAGGAGGAGCUCAGAGGAGGAGCUCAGAGGAGGAGGACAGAGGAGGAGGUCAGAGGAGGAGCUCAGAGGAGGAGCUCAGAGGAGGAGGUCAGAGGAGGAGGACAGAGGAGGAGGUCAGAGGAGGAAGACAGAGGAGGAGCUCAGAGGAGGAGGUCAGAGGAGGAGCUCAGAGGAGGAGGACAGAGGAGGAGCUCAGAGGAGGAGGACAGAGGAGGAGGUCAGAGGAGGAGGACAGAGGAGGAGCUCAGAGGAGGAGGUCAGAGGAGGAGCUCAGAGGAGGAGGACAGAGGGGGAGGUCAGAGGAGGAGCUCAGAGGAGGAGCUCAGAGAAGGAGGACAGAGGAGGAGGUCUGAGAAGGAGCUCAGAGGAGGAGGACAGAGGAGGAGGUCAGAGGAGGAGGACAGAGGAGGAGGUCAAAGGAGGAGGUCAGAGGAGGAGCUCAGAGGAGGAGGUCAGAGGAGGAGCUCAGAGGAGGAGGUCAGAGGAGGAGGACAGAGGAGGAGGUCAGAGGAGGAGGACAGAGGAGGAGGUCAGAGGAGGAGGUCAGAGGAGGAGCUCAGAGGAGGAAGACAGAGGAGGAGGACAGAGGGGGAGGUCAGAGGAGGAAGACAGAGGAGGAGGACAGAGGAGGAGCUCAGAGGAGGAGCUCAGAGGAGGAGGACAGAGGAGGAGGUCAGAGGAGGAGGACAGAGGAGGAGCUCAGAGGAGGAGGACAGAGGAGGAGGUCAGAGAAGGAGGUCAGAGGAGGAGGACAGAGGAGCUCAGAGGAGGAGGACAGAGGAAGAGCUCAGAGGAGCUCAGAGGAGGAGGUCAGAGAAGGAGGUCAGAGGAGGAGGACAGAGGAAGAGCUCAGAGGAGGAGGACAGAGGAAGAGCUCAGAGGAGGAGGACAGAGGAAGAGCUCAGAGGAGGAGGACAGAGGAAGAGCUCAGAGGAGGAGGACAGAGGAGGAGGACAGAGGAGGAGCUCAGAGGAGGAGCUCAGAGGAGGAGGACAGAGGAGGAGGUCUGAGAAGGAGGACAGAGGAGGAGCUCAGAGGAGGAGGUCAGAGGAGGAGCUCAGAGGAAGACAGAGGAGGAGGUCAGAGGAGGAGCUCAGAGGAGGAGCUCAGAGGAGGAGGACAGAGGAGGAGGUCAGAGGAGGAGCUCAGAGGAGGAGCUCAGAGGAGGAGGUCAGAGGAGGAGGACAGAGGAGGAGGUCAGAGGAGGAAGACAGAGGAGGAGCUCAGAGGAGGAGGUCAGAGGAGGAGCUCAGAGGAGGAGGACAGAGGAGGAGCUCAGAGGAGGAGGACAGAGGAGGAGGUCAGAGGAGGAGGACAGAGGAGGAGCUCAGAGGAGGAGGUCAGAGGAGGAGCUCAGAGGAGGAGGACAGAGGGGGAGGUCAGAGGAGGAGCUCAGAGGAGGAGCUCAGAGAAGGAGGACAGAGGAGGAGGUCUGAGAAGGAGCUCAGAGGAGGAGGACAGAGGAGGAGGUCAGAGGAGGAGGACAGAGGAGGAGGUCAAAGGAGGAGGUCAGAGGAGGAGCUCAGAGGAGGAGGUCAGAGGAGGAGCUCAGAGGAGGAGGUCAGAGGAGGAGGACAGAGGAGGAGGUCAGAGGAGGAGGACAGAGGAGGAGGUCAGAGGAGGAGGUCAGAGGAGGAGCUCAGAGGAGGAAGACAGAGGAGGAGGACAGAGGGGGAGGUCAGAGGAGGAAGACAGAGGAGGAGGACAGAGGAGGAGCUCAGAGGAGGAGCUCAGAGGAGGAGGACAGAGGAGGAGAGGAGGAAGACAGAGGAGGAGCUCAGAGGAGGAGCUCAGAGAAGGAGGUCAAAGGAGGAGCUCAGAGGAGGAGGACAGAGGAGGUCAGAGGAGGAGGACAGAGGAGGAGGUCAGAGGAGGAAGACAGAGGAGGAGCUCAGAAGAGGAAGACAGAGGAGUAGCUCAGAGGAGGAGCUCAGAGGAGCAGGUCAGAGGAUGAGCUCAGAGGAGGAGGACAGAGGAGGAAGACAGAGGAGGAGCUCAGAGGAGGAGGUCAGAGGAGAAGCUCAGAGGAGGAGCUCAGAGGAGGAGCUCAGAGGAGGAGCUCAGAGGAGGAGCUCAGAGGAGCUCAGUGGAGCUCAGUGGAGCUCAGUGGAGCUCAGUGGAGGAGGUCAGAGGAGGAAGACAGAGGAGGAGCUCAGAGGAGGAGCUCAGAGGAGGAGGUCAGAGGAGAAGCUCAGAGGAGGAGCUCAGAGGAGGAGCUCAGAGGAGGACCUCAGAGGAGCUCAGUGGAGCUCAGUGGAGCUCAGUGGAGCUCAGUGGAGGAGGUCAGAGGAGGAAGACAGAGGAGGAGCUCAGAGGAGGAGCUCAGAGGAGGAGGUCAGAGGAGGAGGUCAGAGGAGGAGGUCAGAGGAGGAGGUCAGAGGAGGAAAACAGAGGAUGUCAGAAGAGGAUGUCAGAGGAGGAGGACAGAGGAGGAGGACAGAGGAGGAAGACAGAGGAGUAGGUCAGAGGAGGAGGACAGAGGAGGAGGUCAGAGGAGGAGGACAGGGGAGGAGGACAGAGGAGGAAGACAGAGGAGGAUGUCAGAGGAUGAGGACAGGGGAGGAGGACAGAGGAGGAAGACAGAGGAGGAUGUCAGAGGAGGAGGACAGAGGAGGAGGACAGAGGAGGAGGUCAGAGGAGGAGGACAGGGGAGGAGGACAGAGGAGGAGGUCAGAGGAGGAGGUCAGAGGAGGAAAACAGAGGAUGUCAGAAGAGGAUGUCAGAGGAGGAGGACAGGGGAGGAGGACAGAGGAGGGGCUCAGAGGAGGAGCUCAGAGGAGGAGGUCAGAGGAGGAGGUCAGAGGAGGAAAACAGAGGAUGUCAGAAGAGGAUGUCAGAGGAGGAGGACAGGGGAGGAGGACAGAGGAGGAAGACAGAGGAGGAGGUCAGAGGAGGAGCUCAGAGGAGGAGGUCAGAGGAGGACAGAGGAGGAGGAGAUUGUAA